GGACAGCUGGACAGUGAGCCGGAUGGACAAGAUGUCUCCACAACAGCAACAGGACAGCCUGAGCCGAGGCGGUGGACAACAGGAAAACAAACGGCGCAUGAAGUCUCAGAGUUAUCGGCGUCAGUCUGCCCCGUCGCUGGUCAUCACCAAGGCUCUCACCAGGUCCAAGACUCUCUCCAGAGAGAGCUUCCUGAUUCCUGUGUGUCCAGAGACCUGCCCACUGGUCCAGUCCUUCCUCACCGGCUCCGACAGGUCGUUUCUUCUCCACGGACAUGCUCAGCUGAAGACGGGGAUGCAGACUCAAGACAGAAACCUCUUCCUGUUCAAUGACAUCCUGGUUAUCGCCAAAGCCAAGUCAGCCAACCACUUCAAGCAGAAGGCCCAGGUGCGUGUGUGCGAGAUGUGGACGGCGGGCUGCAUGGACGAAGUGUGUGAGGGAAGCACCAGCCCGGAGAGGAGCUUCGUCAUGGGCUGGCCCACCUGCAAUUGUGUCGCUACGUUUAGCUCAGCAGAGCAGAAAGAGAGAUGGCUCUCCCUUCUCAAAAGUCGGAUAAAAGAAGAGAAAGAGAAGGAGGAACCUAAAACUAUUCCUCUGAGAGUGUACGGGAAGGGAAUCAAUACUUUUGCUGUUACCAAGACGCUCCCCGUCAGCAACUCGGAUUCGACCAAUGAGGUGAUCCGCCUGGCUCUGCAGCAGUUCAGCGUCAUAGGAAAUGUGAAAGACUUCCAGUUGUGGGUCAUCUCCAAGAGGGACAACGCCCCCUAUCCUCUAAUAGGUCAUGAGUUUCCCUUCAGUAUCCAGAUGAGUCAUGCGAGACACACCGUGUCUCAGGGAGGCAGGGACGCUGCUGCAACGCCUGGGGACAGAGAGAAGGCCAGGCAGGCGGAGCAGCUGCAGGUGUACAAGCAGUGCCACUUCAUCUUGAAGCCACGGCCCAUCGGAACGCUGCAACAGCACGUGUCUGCAGACUUGUCUCAGAAGCCCUUUAAAAGGAGGCGUUCCCUCAUCACCUGGGCCUUCUGGCGAGGCUCCUCCUCUCACCUGAAUGAGCUGUCCCUCGCUGGCGCGUCCCGCGGCUGCCUCUUCGGCCAGCCACUCAGCUCUGUUUGCGUAGAGGAGGCUCUGCCAAAGGCGGUCAUGGACAUGUUGGCGUUUCUGUACCACGAGGGUUCAUGGACACGGGGGAUCUUUCGUCGGCCGGCGGGGGCCCGGGCGGUCCGGGAGCUGCGGGACUCUCUGGAUGCCGGGGAGAUUCGACUUCCUCUGACACGCGACCACGUCUUUAUCAUAGCUGGUGUCUUUAAGGAUUUCUUGCGCAGCAUCCCAGGCAGCUUGCUGUGUUGUGAGCUGCAUGAAGAAUGGAUGGAUGUUCUGGAGGAAGAGGAGGAGGAAGAACAGGUGCAGGAAAUACAGAGGAUGAUUUGUCGGUUGCCCAAAGAAAACACCCUGCUGCUGCGCUACCUGUUGGCCGUACUGCGCGGUAUCCAGGGAAACGCCCACGAGAACCAAAUGACGAGUUUCAACUUAUCAGUGUGCAUUGCUCCCAGCAUGCUUUGGCCUCCCGGAGCGCCUUGUAGCCCUGAGGUGGAGGGAGAAGGAACUAAGAAGGUUUGUGAGCUGGUGAAGUUUAUGAUUGAACACUGUCAGCAGAUUCUAGGAGAGGAUCCCACCUCUCUGUUUGGAGGGCCGCCGCAAAGACUCAACACUGAACAGACAGGAUCAGACUCCUGGAUGUAUCCUCUGACUGACUCAUCCUAUGACAGUCUGGAGAACGAGUUAGACAACAGCAGUGGUGAGUCACCCGCUUUCAGCAGCAGAAGUCACAUUCAAUCCAAACCACUUCGGGGCAGUCUGGACUCCAUCCUCACAUUUAGCGACUUCGACCAAGACACAGACCCAGAUAUACACCAAACCCAAACCAAAAGUCUGCAUGGUCAGAAGUUAAACCCACUGGGGAGAACCAGAGGCUGGAGACAGGACCCAGACCUCCCCAGCCAGGAUGCACCAACCAUGGACACCUCCUCCACCCUGGACUCCCUGUCCCUGGAGGGGCAGCAUAGACAGAGGCGGCGCUCGGAGCCGGCCAUAGCAUACGUGGCCAAGUUUCGGCCAUGUGUUUCAGGAAGCACUGAUGGUCUCACUGGUGAGGAUGAGGAGGGUGAAGAAGAGCUUUCCAAGAAGCUUAGCAGCCACACACUUGCUCACACACACUCCAGAGGUCAGCCCAGGAGCAGAGGAGGCGAGUCCAGGUUAAAAAUGCCUGGUAGGACAUCAGCAGCUCUGGGAGAAAGCUCCUCCAGCCUCUCCUCCAACCCCACUUCCCCUGCAGCAACACGCUCCUCCCUGGACUCCCUUGACUCCCUAAGCAGUGACCACACUUGGGCGACCAGACGGGGGCUUGACCCAACCAAGACACACCUGCCCUCAAGCAGUACUUCCGGAUCACUUUCCACCUCUGUCCCAUCUACACCAUUCACCACGAGCUGUGCUCUGACCGCCAGUGGAUCUCCAGACUUGAGGACAAGUCCACAAGGCUCCCCAUCCAAAGAACCACUCAACUGGGGGACUUUAAAAGGCUGCAGGGGCCUCCACCCAAACUCUUGGCUGAGGAAAGACCGAAGACUGUCACUAACCCAACAAGACCACUUAGAGAAAGAGGAGGAGGACAAGACUGGGGGGGGACCCACUGAUAAGUUGCUCACACUUGGGAAAUUCGUCCCAGAGAAAGGAAGGGGAGGAGGAACCCAACAAAAGCCCAAAAUAUCCUGCAGAGCCACAAAAGAUGCAGGAGGAGGGGGCCAUGUGAGGGGGAAGCCUGGCCAUGAGCCCCGACAUUUUGUAAAGGACUUAUCCAGCCCCCCAUCUCACCACCGCUCUACGGGGAGCCUCCAGUUCCCCAAAUCACCCUGGUUCCAUUCCUCAGACUCCCCGCUAACAGUUAGGCAGCUCAGCAACAGCCACACCAAUACUACAGGUGACAUCACCAACCGGAGGCAUGCAGCAGAAAGUGAACUGAAUGAGCUGAAGCAGCCAUCGCCGUCUUUCUUUUACAAGCAGCGAGGGCCUUCUCUGUCCCUGUUCAAGCGACACAUGUCUCACUCUGUAGAGGAGGAGUGUAAUGCCAGGCUCUAUCAGCGCCGAGGGUCAGAACCUGGACGGCAGGUUGUGGACCGAGCCUCCACCCUCACCCGGGCGAGGCUGCCCAGCGACCCAGGACUAAAGGUGUCCGAGGCGGAUUCACAGGGAGAGACAUUGGAGGCCCGCUUCCGCCUCUCCCCCUAUGCCACCAAAGCAGUGAAGGACUACUUCUCCUCGCAUCCACAGAGUAACCCCCAGAGCAGCCAGGAGGUGGCGCUCGCGCUGAUGGAGAGUCACAGGGAAUGGCUGAAGAGAUGCAGCGAUCCCACAGCUGAGCCUGAUUUUGACCAGCUUCUGUUUGCUGAAGAAUCCUUUGUCUGAUCAGAACUGUAACUUGGAGUGAAAUUAGAAAAGAAGAAUUUAAGUAUUGCAGCUCUCAAAAUACCCAGCUUUGACAUUUCCUAGUUUCAUUAAAAUCCAGAGUUGAUAGGUUUUUAAAAAACUGAGUAAACAGUAGUUAAUCUCCUAUAUACCAUCAUAAAAGGACAGCUGGUUGGUGUUUCAUUACACCUCAAAACACAUUGGCCUUUAACUUGUAGGGUUAAAGACCUUGAAUAAUCUGAAACCAUGCAGUACAUAAUGGUAUGUGUUUAACCUCAGUCUGUAACAGAACUAGUUUCAUGCAAGACUGGGUACAUUAUUUAAAUACAACAUUUUAAACUUUGCCUAGAGCUUUUUUUCCCAUUAAAGGAAUGUGACUGAUAUUUGCUGGAUUUACACAUGCAGAAAGAAUCCAUGUGGUGAUAUGCUUAUUACAGUCCAAACAGACGGAUUGAUUCGAUAUCAAAUGCAUAAUGAAACUAAGUUGUAUCUGAUCUUGAACCAUGGGUUUUGUUUUAGGACACUCACUUGUGGUUUUUUUUUUUUUUUUAUAAAGUAUAUCAGGCCAAAGUUAAAACCUGCCAAUUUAAAAACUACCUGUUGUUGCCUUCUUUAAACAUGAACAAGUAGAAUUUCAGUCAUUAAUGACUGGUCGUUGGAUUGGACAAUCGCUAACUUGAGCUCUAAAAAACUGGAUUUUUUUGCCCUCAGAGCAUUCAAGUAUGAGCAACAUAGAAAGCAUGUUCGUACAUAAUUAUUUUUCACGUUAUUCUUAUCUUCUUUAAUCUUAAAAUAUGAUUAAAGAUUGUGUUCAGUGUUAACAUUGAUACUUCCAUUAUUAAAUAAGACAUAAACCUGAGUCUUGUUAAAAGCAGGCACUUAUUAGAGCCAAACACCACCCCACACAACUUUCACGCUAUAUGAUCAUCAUACAUGCAGCUUUCCCACAUUGGCAGUGGAUUUAAAUAUUAAAGCACAAUAGUUGCAUAUGAACAUAAUUA